AUGUCUACCUUCUACAUCGAGAACAAAAACGUCGGCAACCAGGCCGACUCAGAAGAUUGGCGCAUCCGCGGCUACAACCCUCUGACGCCCCCCGACCUGCUGCAGCACGAGAUCCCCCAAACCACCGAGUCCAAAAAGACCGUCAUCGACGGCCGCAACGAGGCCGUGGCCAUUGUCAAUGGCAAGGACCCCAAGCACCGCCUGCUCAUCGUUGUGGGCCCUUGCUCGAUCCACGACCCCGAGGCCGCCCUCGCCUACUGCGACCUGCUCCUCAAGGCCAAGGAGAAGCACAAGGACGAGCUGCUCAUCGUCAUGCGGUCGUACCUCGAGAAGCCGCGCACGACGGUCGGCUGGAAGGGCCUCAUCAACGACCCGGACAUUGACGGCAGCUUCAAGAUCAACAAGGGGCUGCGGCUGUCGCGCCAGCUCUUUGUCGACCUGACGAGCAAGGGCAUGCCCAUUGCGAGCGAGAUGCUGGACACCAUCUCCCCGCAGUUCUUGGCCGACUUGCUGAGCGUGGGCGCCAUUGGCGCGCGCACGACGGAGAGCCAGCUUCACCGUGAGCUGGCCAGUGGCCUGAGCUUCCCCGUCGGCUUCAAGAACGGCACCGACGGUUCGCUCGGCGUCGCCAUCGAUGCCAUGGGCGCCGUCAGACACCCCCACCACUUCCUCUCCGUCACCAAGCCUGGCGUCGUUGCCAUUGUCGGCACAACAGGCAACGAGGACUGCUUCGUCAUCCUGCGCGGCGGCACCAAGGGCACAAACUACGAUCCUCAGAGCAUCGCCGAGGCCAAGGCAGCACUGGACAAGAAGGGGGCGCCUCCGAGGUUGAUGAUCGACUGCAGCCACGGCAACUCACUCAAGGAUCACAAGAACCAGCCCAAGGUUGCCAGUGUCGUCGCCGAACAGGUUGCCAAGGGCGAGACUGCCAUCAUGGGCCUCAUGAUUGAGAGUAACAUUAACGAGGGCAACCAAAAGGUACCGGAGGAGGGCAAGUCCGGGCUCAAGUACGGCGUCAGCAUCACAGAUGCAUGCAUCAACUGGGCAGAUACCGAAGCGGUGCUCGACAACCUGGCCGAGGCCGUCAAACAGAGGAGAAAGGUCUUGGGAAUCAAUUAG